AAGCUUUGCAGCCAAAUCCACCGCGAAACCACGCCCGAUGUCUUUCUGGUUGCAACCGAAACGCUACCGACGCCGUAUCGUCCUAGGCUUGCUGUGUUUUGCCAGUGCCGUCUACAUCCUGUACAGCUGGAUACCGGGCACACCGACCCAGAACUGCUUCCAGAUCGUGCACAGUGCCGAUUACGAUGACGAUACACAGCUCCGCGAUGUGCAACAGUCGCUACCACAACCCACCGACGAUGGGCGAAACAUUUUCUUCCACGAAACGUCCUGCUCGAAGGACGGAGACGUGAGGCUAAAUGCACGGCAGGCAUGUGCAAUCGAAUCGGCGGCCCGUGCCAAUCCGGGAUGGAACGUUUACGUACUGUUUGCUGCACCGGUUGGGUUUCGGAAUCGGACGGCACAACCGAUACUGGACACGUUGCUCGAGUACCGAAACGUACACCUGAGGUACGUGAACUUGACGACGUACGCAAACGAAACGCCGCUAGAAGAGUGGAUGGUUAGUGGGGAAAUAUAUCGGUCGCUGUACAUGAAUUCGCAUCUGUCGGAUGUAAUGCGGUACCUGACACUGUACAAGUACGGCGGUACGUACCUUGAUCUGGAUGUGAUUGUGCAGCAGUCGUUUGAGAAGCUCGAGCCAAACUAUGCUGGUGCUGAGUCGGUGCGGUGGGUUGCGGCCGGUGUGAUAAACUUCGAACCGAAAGGACAUGGUCACGAGCUGGCGGAUAUGUGCGUAAGAGAUUUGCUUGCCAACUUUAACGGUCGGGAUUGGGGCAACAAUGGUCCGGGGGUAAUAACGCGCGUGCUGCAAAAGUACUGCCACACCCGGUCGACGGUUCAUAUGACACGGGAACGGUGCCGGCACUUUACCGUGUACCCGAUCCAAUCAUUCUACGCAAUCGGCUAUGAAGACUAUAAGCAAUUCUUCGACGAACAGUACCUCGAACAGGCGCUCCUGACACUCAACCAAUCGAUCGUGGUGCACGUGUGGAACAAGUUUAGCAAGAAUUACCCGGUGCAGGUUGGAUCGAGGGUCGCGUACGGUGUACUAGCUGAGCGCCACUGUCCAAAGGUGUAUCGAUCUUGCGGAACCAUUUUCUAACAUCACAUU